GUGCUUUGAGUUAUGCAGAACUGGGCACACGAAUCACCAAGUCCGGAGGCCAUUACAUUUAUAUCUUGGAAACUCUAGGUCCUCUGCCUGGAUUCCUGUUUCUAUGGGCUGAAUACUUUGCUAUAAGACCAGCCAACAGUGCCGUUGUCGCUCUAGCAUUUGGACGCUACAUCUUGGAACCAUUUUUUGCACCUUGUCCGGCUCCACUCCUCGCCGUGAAGCUUGUUGCUCUCCUGGGCUACUACAUUGUCCUCAUCUUAAAUUCUUGGAGUGUCAGCUGGAGUGCCCGGCUUCAGACCAUCUUGUCUAUCAUCAAGUUGGCAGCACUUUCUCUCAUCAUUGUCCCAGGCAUGAUGCUUUUAGCUCAAGGCUGUACAGGAAAUUUCCAGGAUGCUUUCAAUGCCCAAGCACUCGUUUUGGACAAACUACCUUUAGCUUUUUAUGCAGGGAUGUUCGCCUACUCUGGAUGGUUUCAAACUAGUUUUGUACGAGAAGAACUAGUGAAGCCAGAACGAAAUAUCCCUCUGGCCGUGAUUGUGUCUGUGAUCACAGUGAUCGUGGGAUAUAUGCUCACCAAUGUUUCCUAUUACACAGUACUGACAACAGCAGAUGUCCUUGUCUCCCAGGCAGUGGCUGUGAGUUUUGCACGGAAAGCUUUCCAGAGCCUUAUCUCUGUGAUUCCAAUCUUGGUUUCCUUGUCUUGUUUUGGAACCAUGAAUGGAGGAAUUUUUACAUUCUCAAGGACAUUGUUUGUGGCUUCCAGGGAGGGGCAAUGGCCCACCCUCUUCUCUAUGAUCCAUAUCCAACGCCACACCCCGCUGCCAGCCGUCAUGCUGAUGUUCCCUUUGGUCACAGCCAUGAUUUGUGUAGGAGACCUUUACCACCUGUUGAACUUCUUCAGCUUUUCCCGGUGGCUCUUCAUAGGAUUAGCCACCCUCGGGCUUAUAGUUCAUCGCUGGCGCCAUCCUGAGAUAUUAAGCCCAUUCAAGGUUCCUCUUUUCAUUCCUAUUUCCUUUACUAUCAUCUGCCUUUUCACAGUGGGAAUGUCUUUCUACUCAGACCCAGUUAAUAUCAGCAUUGGAUGUGCCAUCGUUUUAAGUGGUCUUCCAGUUUACUAUUUGUUCAUCAAACAGUCAAUGCCAAACUGUUGCCGUACAAUUUUCUAUUAUUUUACACUGAAGCUUCAGAUCCUCUUGAAGGUGGUACAGCAGGAGGUCAGGACAUACUGAGCCAUCUUUACUUUGAAAUGUUGACUUUGGGGAACCUUCUGUACAAGCUUGUAUUUCCUAUCACACUUAGAGUAGCUUUGCAUGGCUGCUUCCACUUUGGAGUUUUGCCACCAUAUGGAAAGUUCACCAGAGAUCAAAGACACAGGGAAGCUUGCCCUGAUUCUUGCUUACUCUUUGAUUGUUUUACAAAUGUACUCUCUGCUGCUCUUGGUAUUAUCCUCAUCUGCAAUGCAGAUGGACUUAGGUGCAACCAAUAAAGCUGAUGCAGUUACAUCUGCAUACAUACUCAAUUUCUAAGUCAAGCUUAGGUAGAAACACAUUAUUUGUAGAUUUUGAAAUAAUACCAAACAUUUGUUAUAGUCGUGGUACAUUUUGAUGAGCAUUUCUGGGUUAAAGAGAAUUUUCAAUGCUUUUCAGCCUAUAUUUUAUGAAAGACAAAUCUAUUUCUCAAAGGUUUGGGUGCAUUUGGUAUGAUACAAGAUUUUUCAAUGCUGUUAUAAUGGGUUUCCUGCACACCAGGGUGCUGGGCUGAAUCACCAUUGACAUUCCUCCUGACUUUGAUCUUAUACAUUUGGAAUACAGUUUUUUAACAGGAUUUUUUUCAACCACAAUGACACCUCACUUUCAGUUACUGUUACUGACACUUCAGCAAGUGUUAGUAACUAAGUGUUAGUAACUUAAGUGUUAAUUUCUAACACUUCAGUGCCAUCACAUCAGUUGGGAGAAAACUACUGUUCUCUACACAGUUGCAGUGGUUAGGAUCUAGCUCAACAACAACAACAAAGUAGGGCUAUGGUCUCAUAUGGGACUCCCUUCUUUGACUAACAUGUUUAAGAUUGAUCUGUCAGAGAGAAAUGCAUGUCUUUGCAGGACGGAGGGCAGAACAUGUUGUAAAUGUUUUGUACAUUAAAUGGCAGCAGUGCUAAUUCUUUUCUGUCCAUGUCUCUUUCACAUGUGCUCAUUCAUAAAUUUAUACUAUUUCUGCCUUAAUCUGUAUGUUUUUGAAAAAAAAGUAGAAAAAUAUACCCAUUUUAUAUGCAUUUUAUCAUAAAAUAUACAUUUUGCUGUAAACUAUCCAAGUUUGUUUGUUUGAACUGAAAGCUAUAGUAUAACAUUUGGAGAAAUAUUAAAUUGGAAGGGUUUGGUUUGGGAGGUUCAACUCAUGUCAGUUGACUUCCAAAUGUGGAGUGAUUAAAAUGUUCACGGACCCUUACUUACUUUUGUAUUUAUACGUCUUUAAAUGCUUCUGCUAGAAGAGUUAAAAUAGAUAGGUGUGGUAUUGUUACAGCAGAGGGCAGAACCUAGCUGAAUUUGUAUUGUCGAAGGUGAAUUUGCUUGGUCUCAAAAACACUAAGUGGGGCCUGAUUUGGUAGUACUUGGCUGAAGGAACUCUAGGGCAUUCCAGAGUUGUAGACUUUACUAGGAAGAAAACUGAACAGAAUUCACCAGUGCCAAGAUAUUCUUUUGUCUUAACUCAAGGAAAAACAAAAUGCAUAACUUCUUGUGCACCCGUUAUAAUGCUUUUAAUCAAUGCUAGUAGUUCCCAUGCUCAAAUGUGUAAACUGGAAGAAGAAACAGGAUGUGAUUUUAAUUUAUCGCCAAACCUAUGGGGUAAACAUAGUGUUAUGAUGCAAAAUGUGGUUAGCAAUCAUCUCUGUACCAUGAAAAUAAAAUUUAAGAGUUGUAGGAGUUUAAUUUUCAACAGAAUAAUAUACAGUGGGUUCAUCAACAUGGCUUCACACUUAUUAAAGUAUAAUAUUGUUAUAUAUUAUGUUAUCUAAUGUAUACAUUUCAGAAAGCAAUUUUAAUAGAAUGCAUAUUCAUUAUUAUGAUACAUGUUCCAAUAUACACAUUUUCAUACAUACUUCUUAUUGAAAAGUGCAUUCCCAAAUUAUGAACAGUGCAAAUGUCAAACUAUAAUUACGUUUUAUAUUUGUUGGGGAUAUGUGAAUUAUGGUAGGCAUGCAAAUUGAACCCAUUUCUUCACAGUCUCUAGAGUCAAAACAAUUGAGUUCUGCCAUACCAUCCCCCUUCAAAUUAUUCCCAACACAUUUAAAAGUAACCUGCAUUUCCCCCACACUUGUCCGCACCAUCUGCGGAUCAAAAAUGUGUUCAGCAUGGUGCCGUCCAUAUGCUUGUAACUCUACAGCUCACAGAAGGCACAUUUAAUCAAUCAUUGUUCACUCCAAGCCAACCAAUAGCUGAAAUGCAGAGAAUACCACCCAAUCAAAACUUUCUCUUUCUGUUUCAAAAUUGCCAGUUACUGAGUUACUGUCUGCACCCAGCCCCACAAGAGCUGUCAGCGUUCUUUAAAUUAACAAAUAUCCAUUUAUUGAUUAAUUUGCUUUAGUUUAGUUUCUUCCAGGCAGUCAAGAGGCUUUAGCAGGUUACAAUCUCAUAAAAUUACACUAAAACAUUCACAGUCCAGAACAAUCAAGUCAAAAUAAAUGAAAAAUAAACUGGCAUGUAGCACAAUAGCUUAAAAAUAACAAAAACAGACCAAAAAAUAGAGAUACAACCAAAAGAUAGAUAGUGACAUUCUCAGUUCCACAGCUCUCCUAAAUAGUUCUGUUUUCAGUAAUUUCUGAAAAACGAACAGGUUCUUUUUUUGAUAUUGUUAAUCUUCACACCAGGCACAGCCAUUAAUCUUGACUCUCCAGAUACUCAAUUCUAUAUUCGAAAACUUGCUUUCGGCACUUCAGAGACAUGACAUGGCAAGAUUAGUUGCUUUGUUGCAGAUGAGAAAGAAGUCACACACACACACACACACACACAAAUCUGGUUAAUACACAACACAGAAAUCAAUCUCUCUGUAUCUGUUCCAGGGUUGAAAUGCUUUUUCUGCUUGUUUCUUCAAUUCAAAGGAAAUGCCAUUCUCUUGAGAAUGGGAGCCACCAGCUCAAUACUUACACAAUUCUGUCUGACCUGAGAAUCAUUGGUUCUCACCACAAUUCAUAUCUUAGAGGUAUAAUAGCAUGUUUAUUUUUAAAACAGUUCCUCCCUCCCUCCCUCUACAGUACAUUUCUCCUUCUACAUUUCUAGUUUCCCCUCAUCUUACAAAUUUGUCCACAUGGAUUAUGUGCUGUGUUUUCCACAAGAUGUGUGUGUGUGUGUGUGUGUGUGUGUGUGUGUGUGCAUGCAUGUGUAUGCA